GCUAGCUUUUUCCUCUUCUAUUUUUCCAAACAUGAGUAGUGAAUGGUCCUUUGAAGAAGCACAAAACUAUGAUCAGCAGAAUAAUAAUAUUCUACAAAAUGAGAUUACUAACGACUUGUUUGAAGGUUUACCUAUUGAUCAUAAUUCUCCUUCAUCUUAUCAGCAACAAUAUUCCAAAGAAAAAAGCUUUGAUAAUUCAUUAAUGGCGAAGAAGCUAAGCCAUAACGCAAGCGAACGUAAUCGACGGAAGAAGAUGAAUUUCCUUUAUUCCACUCUUCGUUCUCUGAUUCCUCCUGCUAAUCUAAAAAAGAAAAAGCUAAGCUUUCCAGCAACAGUAUCUUAUGUGCAACAAUACAUACCAGAGCUGAAGAAGGAAAUUGAGAGGCUAAGUCAAACAAAGGAUUUGCUUUUAUCAAACAAAGCUGGUUCAUCAGUCCAGUCUAAUAAUAUUAAUCAGAGAAAUACAACUUCUUCUGCAUCUAUUUCUGCAAGUCCACUAUGUAAUGGGCAGGUUUUGGUACAGAUUUCUACAACUCUGACAAGUUUUCCAAUUUCACAAGUAUUCCAAACUUUAGAGGAAGAUGGGAUUCUUUUGCUAAAUGCAACGUCCUUUAAAUCUUCUGGUGAAAAGAUUUUUCACAACUUGCACUUUCAGAUGCAAGGGACAGUUGGAAUGGAGAUUCAGAGUCUGAAGACAAAACUUUUAGUAAUGUAUGAAGAAAAUCAAAAUCGUAUUUUAACUUGA